GGCUGCGCUAAAAAAAAAAAGAAAAAAAGAAACUGGAGCCGCCGAGAGAGCCGCGUCCGGUUGUCACCUGAGCAGUUGCGGCUCAGAAACCGAACUCCACCUCCCAGUUUCCCACGGGACCGUCUCCCACAAUACGGGCACACACCCGCGCGCUUCUACGGGAGGGAAUCGGCAUAAAGCGAGGUCAAUCAUCAUCCCAAUCAUCAAUGCAGACCGCCGCGACCUCCACCUUCUUCGCGAACCCGCAUGUGAAGCAUUUGCCCGGACCUUUCCUCCGGCCGUCGCCUCAUUACGGGGCCCUAGUCCACCUUCCCUCCUUCCGGAACAAGACACCGAUCUCGAUCGCCAUGGCCGCGUCGCCGUCGCCGCCGCCGCUGCAGGAGCUCACCAUCACGCGGCCCGACGACUGGCACCUCCACCUCCGGGAAGGCGAUGUCCUCGCGGCCGUGCUCCCCCACAGCGCGAUGCAUUUUGGGAGGGCCAUCGUGAUGCCCAACCUGAAGCCACCGGUGACCACGACAGCACGAGCUUUGGAGUACAGGGAGGAGAUCCUCAGGGCGCUGCCGCCUGGGAGCAACUUUGUGCCGCUCAUGACGCUCUACCUCACGGACAAUACUAGCCCAGAGGAGAUCAAGCUCGCAAAAAAGAGUGGCGUGGUUUUUGCUGUGAAGUUGUACCCUUCUGGAGCAACUACCAACUCCCAAGAUGGUGUCACUGAUAUAUUUGGGAAGUGCUUGCCUGUGCUUGAGGAAAUGGCUAGGCAGGAGAUGCCUUUGCUUGUUCAUGGAGAAGUCACAGAUCAGCAUGUUGAUACCUUUGAUCGUGAGAAGGUUUUCAUUGAGAAAAUAUUGGCACCACUUGUACAAAGACUGCCACAGCUGAAAAUUGUUAUGGAACAUAUCACCACUAUGGAUGCGGUUAACUUCGUAGAAUCAUGCAAAGAAGGUCAUGUUGCUGCAACGGUGACUCCCCAACAUCUUCUUCUCAACAGGAAUGCGUUAUUUCAGGGUGGCUUGCAGCCACACAACUAUUGCUUACCAGUACUGAAAAGAGAAACUCAUAGACAAGCAAUUGUGUCUGCGGUAACAAGUGGGAGUAAACAAUACUUUCUUGGUACUGACAGUGCUCCUCAUGAUAAACGGAGAAAAGAAUGCUCCUGUGGUUGUGCAGGAAUAUAUAGCGCUCCUGUGGCUCUUUCUCUUUAUGCGAAAGUAUUCGAACAGGCCGGUGCUCUUGAUAAGCUAGAAGCAUUUACAAGCUUCAAUGGCCCAGAUUUUUAUGGCCUUCCAAGGAACACUUCAAAGAUUGUCCUUAGAAAGAGCGCCUGGAAAGUACCUGAUACAUACUCAUAUAGUUCAGGAGAGAUCGUGCCUAUGUUUACUGGCAACACCCUCGAAUGGCUUCCAUCCGAUCAACUUGAAGAGUAAACAGAAUAAAUUUAUGCUUGGGGUCGGGGGAGAACAUUCCUGGAGUUAUAUUAUCAUGCCUUCCCCUGUCCCCAACUCUGUAAGAAUCAAUUUCAAACUUUUCCAGUCAUCACUCAUCAGCCUCCCCUUUUGGAAUUCUCGAAGCAAUAUUGCUGAGAAGAACUUAUUGAAAGCAAGUAAGCAAUGAAGAAACUGCUUGUCAUGCUGUUGUAUACAUUUGAUCGAGUGCUAGAAGGGCACAGUGUAAACUUAUAUUGGUGAUUCAGA